AUGGGUGUUGGGGAUACAAAACCUGUUGGGAAAAUGGGAAGUCCCGAAGAUGCGUCGAAUCCUAAACAAGGAGCCGAUGUCAAGAAUGCUCUCAUGACGCUCGCGAAUUGCGAUACUAUGAUUACAACCGCCUGUCUCCAGGCCCUCUACAAUUUCCCCCCGGGCUCAAAAUCCGCGACGAAUAAUACGCUGGGUGUAGUCGAAUAUACACCGCAGGCAUUUCUCCAAACAGAUUUAAAUAUGUGGUUUGACCAAUUCUCGCCCAAUCAAGCGAAUAAAGUACCGAUUGUCGAUUUGAUCGAUGGAGCCGUCGUGCAGCAAACCAACCAAUCUUUCGCCUUCAACGGUGAAAGUGCACUCGAUCUCGAAUUUGCCAUGGCGCUCAUAAAUCCGCAACAAGUGACCGUCUUCCAAGUCGGCGAUCUAGUCGAGGGAGGAAGUUUUAACAAUUUCCUCGAAGCGAUCGAUGCCUCCUACUGCACAGCCGAAGGCGGCGACUCCAAAGAUCCCAACGUCGAUGGCCAAUACCCGGAUACCAAACCCGGGGGGUUCCCCGGCGAACUCCAAUGCGGCCGCUAUCAAAGCACCAAAGUGAUUUCGACGUCGUAUUCCGCCAACGAAGCGGAUCUCGGCGCGAAAUACGAAAUGCGUCAGUGCAACGAGUACAUGAAACUCGGGCUCCAGGGCGUCUCGGUGCUGUACUCCUCGGGCGAUUUCGGCGUCGCGGGAAAUGGGGGCCAGUGUAUUGAUUCGGCGACGGGCGCGUACAAUAACGGGUCGUCCGGGCUGUUCAACCCCAGUUUUCCAGGCACGUGUCCGUAUGUGACGAGUGUGGGCGCGACGCAGAUUCUCAACGGCAGCACGGUGCAUAGUCCCGAGAGCGCGGCGUCCAAGGUCAUUUUCAGCGGUGGGGGGUUCUCGAAUGUUUUCCCGCUGCCGGAGUAUCAGAAAGAGGUCAUGGCGGCUUAUUAUGCGCAGUCGGCGCCGGGGUAUGGGGCGGAGCGAUACAAUAAUUCGAGAAUGGUGCGCGGGUAUCCGGAUGUGAGUGCCAACGGGGUGAACUAUGUGACGGCGGUGAAUGGACGCUUUUCGCUCGCGUUUGGCACGAGCGCGAGUUGUCCGGCGUUUGCGGGGCGCUGCUGA